CCUUGCUGAGCGGGGGCAGGGGGGAAGCACUGGACCCCUUCUUCCUCCCUUUUCUCAAUGGCGGAGAAGAGCGCGUGCCGAACCUUGAACUCUUCCAUCCACAGUGAGGACCUGUUGAGCGACAUGGAACUCCUGCCCGCCUCCGUGCCCACCACCCCAGCGCAGCCAGUGCCCCGUUCCCAGCCGGCCAGCCCCUUCACUUCCAAAGUGACCACUCAGCUGUACGCUUCUCUGCACCAGAGCCGGCAAGCCGAGGCUCAGGCGCGCUCCCAUCUGGAGGCCCAGCGCAGUUUGAACCUGGCCAGAGAAGCUGAGGCUCUUGAAGUAGACUUGGAUACCUUGGCAGAGGAGCUGAGCCACAGGUUGUCCGCUGGCGUGGAGGCCAGUGCUUACAGGAAGAGUGGUGCUACCGAGUCCCGCCACAUCUCGGAGAUGGAGAACGUGCGCUGCCACUUACAGAGGAUGCUCCGUAGCUCCAGGGAGCCUGCGCAUGGGGACAGCCUGGCUGCAGGAACCUUCGAGCGGAAAGACGACGACUCGUUCGAGAGCGACAGCACAGCUGCCCUCCUCAACGCCCGGCCCCUGCAAGAAGCCUCCCCGCCCGGAUCCGUGGCACGCUUUGAGGAGCUGUUCCCUCGCUACUCGAGCCUUCACCUGGGCCAGGCCCGCGAGCCUUCGUCCUACGCCGACCCCCACUUCCUGAAGGACUGCUUGGACAAGGAGCAGGCCCGGCGUAAGCACUGCGAGCGGCACAUCCAGGCCCUCCAGGACCGCCUCCUGGAGCUACAGCAGCAGCUGGCCGUCGCCAUCUCAGCCGACAAGAAGAAAGACGGCAUGAUCGAGCAGCUGGACAAAACCCUGGCCAAGGUGGUGGAAGGCUGGAACCGGCAUGAGGCCGAGAGGACGGAGACCCUCCGUAGGCUGCAGACGGAGAAGGAGGCCGCGGUUCAGGCGCUGGGGAGGCACAAAGAGGUCAGGGUCUGUACCGAAGGGCGCCUCGAGGAAACCUUGUCCGCCCUCAGCCAGCAGCAGCAAGCAGCCAGCCUGUGUCGCCAGGAGAAGGAGAUGCUGGAGGAGGAGAAGGCCUCUCUGUCCCGCAGCCUGGAGGCCGAGGGGCAGCGGGUGCGCAACUUGGAGGCAGACCGGGACCUGGAACGGCGGCAGCAUGAGGCGCUGCGGGCCACGCUGGAGGAGCAGCAGAGGAGCUGGGCCCAGCGCGAGAGGCAGCUGGAGCAGCAGUGCCACGCCCUGCAGGAAGAGAGCCGCGCCCAGCUGGACAAGGAGAAGGCAGCUGCCCAACGGGAGGGACAGAAGGCAGCCGAUGCUCAGCGUGUCCUGGCUUCGGUGCAGACGGAAGUGCAGGGCCUGGAGAGUGAACUGGAAGCCAUGCGCCGCGAGCGGGACGGCCUGAAGAUGGAGAUAAGUUUGGUGAAGGCCCGGUAUGAGUCCCAGAAGGUCAAACUGGAGUCGGAGCUGAAGGUGGUGUUGGAGCAGCAGGUGACGGAGCGGCUGGCAGAGGUUCACGAGGAGAGCCUGCGCCAAAUGAGCGCCAUGCGGGAGCAGCACAGAAAGCAGCUGCUGGAUCUCGGAAGCCACCAUGAGAAAGAGCUGUCCGGCCAGCUGGCCCAGUUCAAGUCCGACCUGGCGGAGAGGGAAGAACGGCACCGGCACCUCAUCGAGGAGUACGAGGGCAGGGUCUCCAGACAACAGGAGGAGCUGCGGGAGCUGCAGGGCAGGUGUCGGCGGCUGGAUGCGCAGCGUGCGGAGAUGGUGGCCCAGUUCCAGGCCAUGAUGCAGGCGCACUGGAACGAGGCCCUGCGCCUCUUUGCCUGCGUCUCCCCGCAGUCCUGCUCCAAGGGGACGCAGCAGGACGCUCUCCCUUCCUCAGUCCCCGCUUCAGAACUGGAGUGCCCUCAGCUCUCAGAAGCUCUUAAGAAGGACCAGAAGGUGGGAUCUCUUGGGAACAUCCGGGGCACCGGGGACUGCAAGGGGGCGGGAUGCACCCAGGCCGUGCCCCUCCACCCUGUCACUCAGCACAACAGCGUCCUGCAGGCAUCUUUGGAAGGCCCCGAGAAGGCCGCGCUGGGUCAUUGUCGGUCCUUUCUGCCCCUGGUCCCCGACAUGGGGAACCUCUCGUCGGAAUUCAGCCACAUCUUCAACUGCAGCUUUCUCAGCCAGCCGGGCUUCCAGCACCUGGAGCCACAGAUGGACCAGACGGGGACAGCUGGAGGCCUGUCUCUCUACCCAGAGAACUUGGCAGAGCACCCAUUCACCGACGUCACUGAGGAGACCACCGCAGAGGCCGUGGGGAGCGAGGGCGACACCCCGCAGCGCAGCAGUUUGGAGAGUGGGAGCCAGCCCCUCCCACCCGAGUGGCACCAAUACAUGCGCCUGCUCCUGGAGCAGUCUGCCAAUGACAACUGGGCUCAGAAGCAGGAGGGAAUUUCCGGCGAAAACCCGCCCCGCCCCAUGGAGCAGUCACAGCUGGGCACAUCUAUGUCCUGCCAUGAGCAGUCCACCACCCUCUGGGAUCCCGUGCGAGCUUCCAUCAGCGCCAUUCGAAUCCAGCCUACCAACAACUCUGCCGUCCACAAAACCAAAGUUCCCUUGCCCAAAGCUGGGCUGGCCUAUGCUGGCUUGGAAGCCUCCGGCACUCAGAAGAUGACUCCUGGACACGAAGCGGGAAUCCUCAACCCCAAACAAGUGGCUGAAAUUUCGCGCUUGUUGAAACAGUACCAGGCCAAGGGGAAGCCGGUGCCAUCCACUGAAGAGCUGUAUGGAUAUUUGCAUAGCUCAGAAAUGAAAGGUGACGGCAACGUGCAGACACGGCGGAGCUUCGAUGUCAGGUUGACGGAAGCAAUGAGGAAAGAGACGGCACCCACGCGGCGGGUGGGCCUCGGCCGAGAGAAGCCCCACUCCACCUCCAAAGCCGGGAGGAAACUCUCUGGAGUGCCAGCCUCCAGUGUUCGCAACAGCAAGGGAGGAGGUGUGUGGAGAUGAUGGUUCUGUUCUUCCUGACUCCGGUUAGCCCACCCUGAAGUGCCUGAUCUGGCUGGAUGUCUCCGGGGAGAGGGUGCCCCAACUUGGAGUCUAAAAUCUGACUCCGCCGUGACCAUUCCAUUCAGCAGACCUUUCUGGGCAACAAGGCAGGGCUUCUCGUGGGGCUCGCCUGCUUUGAAACAGUUGGAUUUCAAGCAGGGGUAGAAUUCUAGCAGGAGCUCCUUUGCAUAUUAGGCCACCCCCCCUCCGAUGUAGCCAAUCCUCCAAGAGCUUACAAAAAAAGAGCCUUGUAAGCUCUUGGAGGAUUGGCUACAUCAGAGGUGUGUGGCCUAAUACGCAAAGGAGCUCCUGCUAGAAUUCCACUCCUGAUUUCAAGGAUGUGUGUGUGGGGAGAAGGAGCUGGGAGAUUCUCCCUUUCUUUUGUUGCAAACCCCUCUCCACACCCUGGACGUUUUUAAUGCUUUAUUCCAGGUGUGUUGUCCUUAGACACAUCUGGAUUUGUUGGUCUUUUGUAUAGUUAUUUUUCCAUCGUUAUCAUCGCUUUUUAAAUAAAAUUAAUAUUGGGCGAUUGUUUUUCAGCA